AUAAAAAUCACUAGCCCAUGCCUCUGUCCUUAGGAGAGUACAAUAUUCGUGUCUUUAUCAGAUAACAUUACUUUGGGCAAAGUAUGUCUCACACUGUGACAACAGUGACCUGCAAUACCCAGAUAUUAAUAUUAAGGUCAAUCUGACUGUUUUGACGUGGGAAUGGAUUUUUCUUUCCACGUCUUCGACCCUCCCAUGCCCAGGGGAUUUCAGAACCGCUUCUCCACUCAGUACCGAUGUUACUCCGUGUCUAUGCUGGCUGGUCCGAAUGACCGGUCCGAUGUCGAGAAAGGAGGCAAAAUAAUUAUGCCACCCUCUGCUCUUGACCAGCUAAGCAGAUUGAACAUCACAUACCCAAUGUUGUUCAAGCUGACCAACAAGAACUCAGACAGAAUGACACACUGCGGUGUCCUGGAGUUUGUUGCUGAUGAAGGAAUCUGUUAUCUGCCACAUUGGAUGAUGCAAAAUCUGCUGCUGGAAGAAGGUGGUCUAGUCCAGGUUGAAAGUGUGAACCUGAUGGUGGCCACCUACUCCAAGUUCCAACCGCAGAGUCCAGAUUUUCUGGACAUCACAAAUCCCAAAGCUGUCCUGGAGAACGCUUUGAGGAACUUUGCUUGCUUGACAACUGGUGAUGUCAUCGCCAUCAACUAUAAUGAAAAGAUCUAUGAGUUGCGGGUUAUGGAGACAAAGCCAGAUAAAGCUGUGUCCAUCAUUGAAUGUGACAUGAAUGUGGAUUUUGAUGCUCCUUUGGGCUACAAAGAGCCAGAGCGUCGAUCUCAACACCAGGAGGAAUCAACAGAAGAAGAAGCGGAUCCCAACAGUUAUGCUGAAAUGGACCUGGGCUUCAGAGCUUUCACUGGGUCUGGGAACCGCUUGGAUGGCAAAACAAAGGGGAUCGAGCCCAGUCCUGCUCCUUUGAAUGCCAGUGACAUCAGGAGAGGAAUUCCCAACUACGAAUUCAAAGUUGGCAGGAUCACGUUCAUCAGGAAUUCAAGGCCGCAGACCAGAAGGAUGGCCGACGAUGAUGACGCCAUGAAAAGGUUCAUUGCCUUCUCUGGACAGGGACAAUCACUUCGUAAGAAGGGCAGGAAGCCCUGAAGUGCUGGAGCCGUGUCCUGAGAACAAACACACCCCACAUGUAUCCUCCGCCUUUGAGUGGUCCUGCUGAUUCACAAACUCCAGUUGCUGCAGGGUUGUGGAAGUGAGAUUGUAUUUGAAUAUUACGCUGUGGCUCCACAGGAGCUGAGUACUAGAUGAUGCUGACCACAGUUACAAGGGAGUCGCUGUGGUGUAGCUGUCAAGCAUCGGGUUUGGUUGGUUUGCUCUCUUGCUUCUAAUCCACUUGAAUGACCUUCUAAGAUUAAUCUUUCUAUCCAAACUCCCAAUCUUUCCAAGAUUUCUUUAUGUCCCUGAAUAAUACAACUCCUCAAGUUGUUUGUGUAAUUUGCUAGGUUUAUUCUUUUGUUGUUAAUUUAAAUACAAAUAAAGUUUUGCGAUAACUGACUGGUUGUG